AUGCCCGGGAUAUCUGAAACGCCGCUACCUUCCCCAGACCAGGGACGUCCUAUCUUUCAGCCAUGGCACUGUUUUGACCCUGCUCAUGCACAGUGGAUUCCCACUCGCGCAAGUCUUCCAGAUGACCUCGUACAGCCAGCUCACGAAAAGGAUACUUCAGAUCUGGUCCUUGUGACAUGGAACAUCGACUCAGGCGCAGAGCGAGCAAAAGACCGUGCCGCCGCACUCAUCACAUUCAUCACAGACAUAGAGCCGAAAGUUGAUAUCGUUUUCCUGCAAGAGGUGUCUAGGUCAGCCUUGGAGCAGAUUCUCUCGGAUGACCGCGUCCGCCAGAACUGGUUUUCAAGUGAAGGUGGCCACAGCUCAUGGGGCACCCGUAGCUUUUCAACAGCGACGCUAAUGUCGAAAUCACGCUUUGCGUCGCAAUGUGACCCGGGAAAGAGUAACCCAUCCCUGGGACCUGCUUGGCGAGUCAAAUACCCGAGCCGAUAUGCUAGGGACGCGCUUUUCUGUGACAUAUUCCUAUCUUCGCCUGAUGAGUCAACAUCUCCUUCUCCAACUACGCUUACGCGACUUGUGAAUGUGCAUCUUGACUCUCUUCCGAUAAAACCUUCAUUCCGGCCCCAGCAGAUCUCCAUUCUAUCUGCUUUUCUCUCCGCCGCUGGCCGUGGCCUGGUGGCUGGUGACUUUAACCCAGUCCUUGAAGAAGAUGCUAAUCUCGUUGAAGAAAACGGCCUCACGGAUGUUUGGAAGUCUCUUCGUCCCCAGGACCCUGGUUAUACAUGGGGUGUCGAUGGAACGAAGCGGUUUCCACCGGCUCGGCUUGACAAAGUCGCUGUUCUUGGACUCAACCCAGCUACGAUCCGAGUCUUGGAACCGCAAAUACUAGAACAACCGAGUUCGUUCACGCCCAGUCCCGAGGGUUUCACGGACACGGAUGAUGUACCCUGGAGUGAUCACCAUGGCUUGCUUUGCUCUUUUUCACAGAGCCCAAACGGCGGAAACUAA